AUGGAUACCCGGUCACCACCGACACUGUCAACAGCACCGGAGCUACUAAUGCUACCUGGGAUAGUAAAUAAUAAUAAUUUGGAGCCCGAGCCUGUGCCUGUGCCUGUACCUUCUGAUACUGACGAAGCAAACAAAAUUCUAGCUUCUAUUUUACACAACCUUGCAACAACCACAGAACCUACUACUACUACAACAACUAUAGCAACCGAACCUGUUUCUACAACAGAACCAGAAAACCACUUUGGGUCAGCUUCCAAAAAGGAUUUUGGCCCGAUACUAGUUGAAGAUAUGUUUAGAUCACCAACACCUACACCUGAGAUGCCCUUAAACGUUGAAAUACAUCAACACAAUAAUGACGCGACGACUUUUCAACCACCAGUUACAAGCGAAUUGCAUGAAGAAAAUACCACUACUCAAGUCAAUGAAUCGCUUCCACUUUUUGACCCUCAAGAUUUCCAUAUCUUAAUUCCAGAUAAUGGUCCGGCUACUGGGGAUUUGUCAACCCCUUUGGAAAAUGCUCCAGACCAUUUUUUACCAGUUUUGACAAAGAUAGAUUCUACAAAUACUCCAUUUACACCUCCACUAAAUACUAAUGAAGAUGGGAAUUAUGAACAUGCCUUUUUUCAAGAAACCUCGGAGACUCUUUCAAUAAUGGCUCCACAAUCAAUGACCCCGCAAUCAGAAGCUCUGCAAUUAGAAAAUCCACAACCAGAAGCUUCGCAAUCAGAAGAUCCACAAUCAAAAAAUUUACAACAAGAAGCUCCGCAAUCAAUGGCCCUGCAACCAAUGGCCUUGGUACGCCGCCAGUCUAAUCCACCAAAACCAGGAGUCCCAGAUGUCCCAUUUGUUCUUUUGGACGAUGAAGAAAAUUCUGGAAAUAGUAAUUCUUCUAUUCCAUUAAAUGUGGUUCAGUCUGAAAAUAAUUUGCAGGCUCCGACUUUUUCAGGCAUUUCAACUCCUUUGGCAAUAAUGGCCCCACAUACCCUUCAACUAACAGCACCAAAACUAGGGCUUCGAGACUCACCGCUUGUGCUAUCAGAUUCUUCAGAUGAUGAAAAUAUAAAUAAGGCAGAAGGCGCGUUACCAACUGUGACUCCAAUUGUGGCGGCACGGCAAAGACAUUUUCUACUUCCAGUUCAGCCCAGCAUGUAUGUGAAUCGAAAUGGCCAUUUUACAAUCCAAACGGAAGGCUACAACUUUGAAGACCCUCCUAAUAUUGUUACGACGAACCAACGGGGACCACGACACAAUGUAUGGCCGAGUAGUCGUAUUCCCACUUCAGAAACAAUGUUUGAAAGCACUGCGUAUCCAAACCCAAACAACUUUAUACCUAGAACCCCACAUGAAUCACCCACAGUCGCCUUAGUUGUAUACUUUCAACAAUCCUUUGCUACUCUUUUUAAAGGUACGCCGGAGCUGACCCCUCAGAUUGUGGCACAAGAAAUUAUGGAGGGAUAUUCUGAAACCGAAGCUGAUUCAUGGCUCCCCGCAGGGCUUGCUGCUUUUGUGGCACGUACCAUUUCACUGAUUCUUAACAAGCACCAGAUUUUGGAGCCACCUGCAACGUUUGAGCAACUUAAAACUACGAAAGACCGAGUGGAAGCUAAAAAACAGGACCCUGAUUGGCGAAGAAUGGUAUAUGCGAUUCGCCAAGUACGCCGAGAGUUUUCAAGCAUAGAUUCUGAAAUACAGAAACACACCAAACCUUUGGCGCAGUUUCUUCGUCCCAAUGCACACUUGGGGGUUUCCCAUUUACCCUGGGAGGAAAGGUUAUUGGCUUUGUCUGGGCUGGUAAAUGCGGCUCUGACGUCUGCUAAAUCCGUACACGCGCUUGCAACAGCAGCACGCCGAAACUGGGGGCCCAAUCUAUCACCGACAGACCAUUUAAAUGGGCAAGCGUUUGGAUAUGAGCCUAUGACAUUUUCUGCAGCAUCUUCACAUGUGUGGCGGUUUGUUAUGGCAGAAGCAAUGCACAAGGCUCACAGUCCUGCGUAUGUGGCAGCCGCAGCUCUUGGGCUCCCAUAUCAUCCAGAAUUUGAAAAAACACUGGCCAAGGAGUUGAGAAGUGGGCACGAGCAGGUUCAAAUGCAAUUAGAACAACGUCAGGAGGCCAAGCUGCAGUUGCAACAUCAGCAGUUUCAGCAGCAACAGUUUCAGCAGCAACAGUUUCAGCAGCAACAGUUUCAGCAGCAGCAGCAGCAGCAGCAGCGACAUAUUCAACAGCAGCAACAGCUGCAACACCUACAACACCAGCAACUUUUGCAACAGUUACAACAACAAAAUUUGCAACAAUUACUGCAACAUGAUAUUCUACAACAACAAGGGCAAUCACAAGAACAACCACAAGAACACCAAAAAGAGCAGCAGCAGCUGAAACCAGAGCAGCAGCAACAGCAGCAGCAACAACAGCAACAGCAACAGCAACAGCAACAACAACAGCAAGAGCUGCAACAACAGCAAGAGCUGCAACAACAGCAAGAGCUGCAACAACAGCAAGAGCUGCAACAACAGCAAGAGCUGCAACAACUGCAAGUGCUGCAACAACUGCAAGUGCUGCAACAACAGCAAGUGCUGCAACAACAAGAGCAUCAACAAGAGCAUCAACGAGAGCAUCAACAAGAGCAUCAACGAGAGCCUCAGCUAUAUCAGCCACAAGAUCAGCAAAAGGCACAAGACCAACCUCAAGAGCGGCAGCAACAGGAACAGCAGGAACUUGAACUACAACCGCCACAACCGCCACAACCUCCACAACCUCCACAACCUCCACAAUCUCCACAACCUCCACAACCUCCACAAUCACAACAACAGGGCACUCUGGGAGAAAAUCGAACUUUUACGGAGAAAUUGUUUGCAUUCCAGGAUCGACAACGGGCGCCGGUUGCACUUGGGCGGAACGUGCGUACGGAAGAAGUGUACUGGUUUGUUCAAGGCGAAAAGUUUAAUACUACAGUGGACUGCGAGGAUAACUAUGACGGGCCUCUUGGGAACUCAUAUAAGCGUGGGUAUGGGGAAUUUGCAGUUUACGAAGAAAGAAACCCGUAUCUUGGGGCAUUGAGUCAUGAGGAUGAGGAAAUUAUUGAUGACGAGAAAAACCGACAGUCUGGGUUUACACUUCCUGCGUGGCGGCUUGUUGCAACAACAGUUGCAGAGAUGCGGGAACUGGUGGAGCGGGUAGGUGGAAAUGUUCCGCAGCUCGGGGAGAUUGUGGAGUGUAUGGCUCCCAGGCUGUUGCGUGGAGAGGCGUUUCGUGCGCGACAAAAGGAGCGUGCUGAGGCAAUGCGAAUACGUAAGGCACGGUUACGGGGGGCAGCGGCGGCAAGGGAAGUAGCUGGAAAAGGUAAAGGUGAGAAGAAUAUUAUGAGGCCACGACAUCGAGUUGCACGAGGUGGAUACCGAGAAAGCGAUAAGAAUAAAGAGAAUAAAGAGAAUAAAGAGAAUGAAGAGAAUGAAGAGAAUGAAGAGAAUGAAGAGAAUGAAGAGAAUGAAGAGAAUGAAGAGAGUGAAGAGAAUGAGGAGAAUGAGGAGAAUGAGGAGAAUGAUGAAAGUGAGAAAAAUGAAGAGAAAGAAGAGAAUGAAGAAAAAGAAGCGACUGAAGAAGGUGAAGAAAGUGAAGAGAAGGAGGUGGAAGUGAGAACAGCCUUUAGACGACUACGGUCUCACCGGUCUCCUAAACGUCGUGAGGUUAGUGAGACAGUUGCAGAAGAGUCUGAGGAGAUUAAUUCCAAUGAACCUGAGGAGAUUGUUGAAGUUCAAGAAGGUAUGGAUGAGGAACAAGUUGAAGAACAAGUUGAGAAAGAAGAUGAUGAUAAAGAAGAUGAGUUAAUUGUUGUUGUUUCUGAGGAAGAUGAAUCCAGCAAUCAAGCAGAAGAGGUUGAUGGAAUGGACGAUUCGGAUGAUGAAAGUAUUAAAGAGUUGGCCAUUGUUACACAUACGUCAUCUCAAUCACCUACCCAUAGCCAAAGUGAUUUAAAUGUUUCAGAAGUCAAUUCCUCGGAAUCACCAUCUACUUCUCGAAGCGAAUCAUUAUCUUUGGCGAAAAAGAAGAAGCGAAAGCUAAGGACUCCGUCUGUACAGAAAUGGGGGGUGAGUGGAGGGAGGGUUGAGCGAGUUUUACGGUCAAAGCAGCAACAAAAUCAGAGUUCUGUAACAUCUUUGGUACAGAAUGAAGAAGAAGGAGAAGGAGAAGGAGAAGGAGAAGGAGAAGGAGAAGGAGAAGAAGAAGAAGAAGAAGAAGAAGAAGAAGAAGAAGAAGAAGAAGAAGAAGAAGAAGAAGAAGAAGAAGAAGAAGAAGAAGAAGAAGAAGAAGAAGAAGAAGAAGAAGAAGAUAAAGAAAGAGAGAAAGAAGAUGAAAGUUUGGGGGUGAUGAGGAAGUUAAGAUCGCGAGAAAAGAAGAAUGUUGUUGGAGAGGGAAAGGAUAAGAAGAAGAAGAAUGAAGAAGCUCAUUCGGAGGUCAUUGUUGUGAUUGGACGUGAUGGAGAAGUGUUUGAAGAGGUUGUUGAGAAGAAGGGAGAUGAAGGAGGUGAUAAGGAUAAGAAUGAUAUGGAUGAUGAUAUUGUUGAUAUUGUUGAUGUUAUUGAUGUUGAUCAUCCUCAAGUUGAGGAAGAGCACAAGACUCAGAACAAGAAAAGAUCUUUGAGGUCUCAAGGGAGUGUCAAGACUCGAGUUAUUGAUGAAGGUAUUACAAUAGAGGAAUCACAAGGGGGUAUGGAUUUAAGUGACUCUGAUUCAGUAGCAGAGAUGGAAAAACAACUUCUUUGUCCAAUCAAUAAGAAAAAAACAAGAAAAUGGGAAGGAAUCUCAAUGGCACAACGGAAAAGAAAGAAAAAAAAUAUUAUUAAUAUUAAUAAUAAUAAACGGUCUGGAGAGGCUCAGGUGAAUACUGGAAUUAGUGAAGAGGAGCUACAGUCACCAGCCUCACCAUUAUCUAGACGGUCCAAACGACGGUUGCGAUAA